AUGCAAUUGCCGGUUCUCGGUUGCACUUUCCUCACGCUGUCAGAGUGUGAGAAAAGUACUGCCGAGAACCGGCAGUUGUCAGAGCAGGGAUCGGCACCGAUCAUCAGGGCACUUAUGAUCAGUGCCAUGAUGAUCGGUGCCCAGCAGUGCCACCCACCAGUUCCGCCCACCUGUGCCCAGCACUGCGCACACCUGUGCCCACCAGUGCACCCCACCUGUGCCCAGCAGUGCACCCUCCUGUGCCCAGCAGUGCACCCACCUGCGCCACCCAGCAGUGCCACACACCUGUUCCCAGCAGUGCCACCCACCUGUGCCCACCCACUUCAGUGCUGCCAGUCAGUUUCACCAAUCAGUGCCCAGCGGUUGUGCCAGUCAUUGCCCAGCAGCUGCACCAGUCAGUGCCCAGCAGUGAUGCCAGUCAGUGCCACCUAUCAG